AGCUCCCUUAAUUUACAAUGGCAGGCAUGUUUUAGUUCUCUUUAGCUUUUACUACCAAAACCCUCUGGUUUCUUGACUCUUGGGUCUGACACAAAGUUGUGAGAAAGUGAAUUCAUUUCAAGGUAGGCAUGAGAAAUUCUACUGCUUGCCUUGUGAUGUAAACAUUACUUUAAACAAUAUAAACAAAAACACAGUUAAAAACUUUGUUCUGUUGAAUCUUUCAUAACACUCGGUCACUCCCACCUGCUUCUCAAGUGCUUUCUACGUCAAAGGAAGCUAAUUUUAGUUUCUUGUUUCCUUUGUUUUGAUACUCAAUUCAAUGGAAACAAUGAGAAGAAAAGAUGCUACUUUGUGUUUUCUAGCUCUUUUAAGCUUAUGGACUUCUGCAUGCGGAUUGCUAUCACCUAAAGGAGUUAACUAUGAAGUCCAAGCUUUGAUGGGCAUUAAAAGUCUACUGAUUGAUCCUCAUGACGUUCUAAGCAACUGGGAUGAAAACUCUGUUGAUCCAUGCAGCUGGGCUUUGGUUACUUGUUAUGAUGGUUUGGUUACUAGCCUAGGAGCUCCAAGCCAGAACUUUUCUGGCACUCUUGCGCCAAGUAUAGGGAACUUGACAAAUCUCCAGCUUCUGCUCCUACAGAAUAACAACAUAGCAGGACAUAUUCCUUCUGAGAUUGGGCGGCUCUCAAACCUUAAAACACUUGAUCUUUCCAGCAACAACUUCAUUGGUUCAAUUCCCAGUACUGUAUCCAAUUUGAAAAGCCUACAAUACCUGAGAAUGAAUAAUAACAGUCUUUCUGGAACAAUUCCUCCCUCUUUGACAAACAUGUCCCAGCUCGCCUUUCUGGAUCUGUCUUUUAAUAAUUUAAGUGGUCCUGUACCCCACUUCCAUGCGAAAACAUUCAACAUUGUAGGAAACUCUCAGAUAUGUGCCACUGGAACUGAGCAAGACUGCUUUGGAACUGCACCAAUACCCAUGUCUAUUGCCUUGAAUAAUACGCAAAACUCACAACCUUCUAAGGCGCCAAAGAGCCAUAAAAUUGCUCUGGCUUUUGGUUCAAGCUUGGGCUGCAUCUGCCUACUGAUUCUUGGAUUUGGAUUCCUUCUCUGGUGGAGGCAAAAGCAUAACCAGCAAAUAUUUUUUGAUGUUAACGAACAACAUCAUGAAGAAGUUUGCCUAGGAAACUUGAAGAGAUUUCACUUCAAAGAACUUCAGGUUGCUACAAACAAUUUCAGCAGCAAGAACUUGGUUGGAAAAGGUGGCUUUGGAAAUGUCUAUAAAGGGUAUCUCCAAGAUGGAACUGUUGUGGCUGUAAAAAGGCUCAAAGAUGGAAAUGCCAUAGGAGGCGAAAUCCAAUUUCAGACUGAAGUGGAGAUGAUCAGCUUGGCAGUUCAUCGAAACCUCCUUCGACUCAUUGGAUUUUGUAUGACAGCAACAGAACGGCUUUUGGUUUAUCCCUACAUGUCAAAUGGGAGCGUUGCUUCACGUCUCAAAGGCAAGCCAGCCUUGGACUGGAGUACCAGAAAAAGAAUUGCUUUGGGAGCUGCAAGGGGUUUACUAUACUUGCAUGAACAAUGUGAUCCCAAGAUUAUUCACAGGGAUGUGAAGGCUGCAAAUAUAUUGCUUGAUGAUUACUGUGAGGCUGUAGUUGGAGACUUUGGGUUAGCAAAACUGUUGGAUCACCAAGAAUCACAUGUGACUACUGCUGUGAGAGGAACUGUGGGACACAUAGCCCCAGAGUAUCUAUCAACUGGCCAAUCCUCUGAAAAAACUGAUGUUUUUGGGUUUGGAAUUCUUCUACUUGAAUUGAUAUCUGGCCUAAGAGCUUUAGAAUUUGGGAAGUCGGCGAAUCAGAAAGGAGCUAUGCUUGAUUGGGUGAAGAAAAUUCACCAGGAAAACAAGCUAGAGAUGCUAGUUGACAAGGACCUGAAAAAUAACUACGAUCGAAUCGAGCUUGAAGAGAUGGUUCAAGUAGCUCUCUUAAGUACACAAUACCUUCCAAUUUACAGACCAAAAAUGUCUGAAGUGGUUCGAAUGCUUGAAGGAGAUGGACUUGCAGAGAAAUGGGCAGCUUCUCAAAGAGCUGAAACAACAAGGUCUAGACCCAAUGAGUUUUCUUCUUCAGAGAGAUACUCUGAUCUUACUGACGACUCUUCAUUGCUGGUUAAAGCAAUGGAGCUCUCUGGACCAAGGUGACAUGACGAUCCAUAAAAGGAGAUAAAUAAUAAUAUUAAAAAAAAAAAAAAAAUAAGGGUGACAGAA